AUGAGCUCGACUGUCCUCUCUGUCCCGCAGACUCUCUGGCAUCUCUACGUCGACAACCUCGUGUUCUACAAAUCCGGAUCAUGGGUCGAUAGCGCCGCCUCGACGUUCCGUGUGCUCGCGUUCGCGACCAUCUUCCCGUUCAUCCUCCUCACGCUCUUUGAUGUCGCGUCGUACGUGAUCGCCCGCACACUCGGGGUUAUCGACGCGACGAAGGCGUCCACGAGCGGCGAACUCGAUAACGCCGAGCAGCUGCACGCGAACAAACCGGCGAUCGUGGUGCACGACGACAGCACACCCACGCCCUCGACCGACGCGGAGGGCGGCGACCACGCCCAGAGCAACCUCCCGCACACGACGCCCCCGGCAUCCUACUUCCGCAACCCGACCGAGGAGGAGGGCAACCUGCGCCUCGCCGGCGUCGGCACGUUCUCCCCCGCGCCCUCGCAGCCGGGCUCGCCCACGCUCCAGCGGCGCGAGUUCCUGCAGCACUCCCACUACUACGACGGCGACGCGCCGCACCGGCCCGCAUCCGCGUCCACGUCCGCGGACUCGGGCGAAGAUGAAAACGAAGACGAGGGCGAGGGCGAGGGAUAUGCCAUAGCGGGGAGCGGAGCGGCCACGCCGCGGGACGUGUCUGGGCUGGGGAUGAGUUCCGCGGGCUCGAGCAGCGGCGACUCGUCCUUCGCGAUGCUCGACCGGGACUCUGGGUCGGAGGACGCGGGCGUGGUGCUGCGCAGGCGGUCACGGCGACCAGGAACAGGGCCCGAGGCGGAGGGGGACGGCGUCGCGGCGUAGUGAGGAAGCGGGGGACGCGGGGCUGGGGGGCACUGCGCACGUCGGGCACUCAUGGCGCCGUGCGCGGCCGCGGUCAGGAGACAGGGGGCGACUGCUCGUUGCGGCAGUCGUUUCUGGCGGGUGCGCGCGCGCAGGCCGCUGUAUUUUUAUCGCCCGGGUCGUAUUCAUACACGGUACGCAAAAUACACGCUAUAGACACACAUCGUCCG